AUGGUGUACUUUGCCACACCCAGCUGCAAUGUCAUUGUCUAUGAUCAGAAACAACCAAGGAAGCCUUCCUCCAUGCUGUCGGAUCUGCAGGGAGAUAGCUCCUUACAGGUGGAGAUUUCAGAUGCAGUGAGUGAGCCGGAUGAGGUGAAGUUCACUGCUCAAACCAAGAGUGGCCUCCUUCACUUUGCUCAGACCUCCGUGGUUCGGCAGCACAAAGAAUUGAUCUUGCUACAUGACACCUAUGUGGGAAAGGAGGAGUAUGCCAGCCUCAUCAUUCGCUCAGCCCCUCCCAGGCCAGACUUUGAAGCUUCAAGGGAAAAGCUGCAGAAGUUGGGUGAGGGCGGCAGCUCCACCACCCAGGAGUUUGCCAAGACGAAGCAGGAGCUAGAAGUGUGUUACUUAGCCAUCUUUAAGAAGACUGUUGCAAUGCAUGAAGUCUUCCUACAGUGUCUGACAGCCCAUCCACCUGCUCAGGACCACUUCUUUGUAUUCUUGAAAUACAGCCAGGAUCUGAGUGUUCAAGAUACGAACAGAAAGGAGGUCUUGGGAGGUUUCCGGAGAAGCAUCAUCAGCUCUGCAGAUGAAGUCCUCAUCACCGGCUAUCAGGGCUCAAAGGAGGUAGAUGACUUCUUUGAGAUGAGGACCUUCCUAAUAGAAUACACUCGAAUGCACACCUGCCAGAGGUCCAACCAUGUUAUGCGUUCCCACAAGUGCCUGGCAGACAACUAUAUACUUCUAUCUGCUGCUCUGAGCAGUCUCGGAACCAGGAAAGUCGGACAGCUGAAGAGGAGCUUUCUGAAACUGGCAGAGCUCUUUGCACAACUGAGGAAACUGGAUGGCAGGGUAGCCUCUGAAGAUGACCUGAAGCUAUCUGACAUGCUGAGAUACUACAUGCGAGACUCACCAGCAGCCAGGGACCUGCUGUACUGUCAUCUUCAGGCACUGGCUGACUAUGAGAAUGCUAACAAGGCACUGGACAAAGCUCAUACAAGGAACCAGAAAGUGCAACCAGCAGAGAGCCAACAGCUGAGAGCCCUAAAGUCUGGCCUGGUCCCACAUUGAGCAUCCACCCUUAUGGACUGGUUCCGAAAGAAUCUCACUGAGUUGGCAGAGCGGCUCAAACAUGCCAAGGCCAGCACCCUGCUUCUCCAGAACACCCUUGUUGCCCUUAAGGGAGAGCUACUCUAG